UGCUGAAAUUCUCGCGCUUCACUAUCCCUGAUCACCAGAGGUCGCGGUUUCGAUCAACGAAGUGCUUUCAAGUUUUGGAAGUCAUCGCUUUCAGAAUCGUUCAAACAGAUUAUAUGGCGUUGGGGGUGUGAUUUAUCUCCGCAGACGACCUCACCAGGAUGGAGCUCGGCGACAAGGCAGCAGGCUGCUUGUUGUUGCUGUUCAGCACCACGCUCUUCGCUUACUACACAUUCUGGGUUAUAAUCACGCCUUUCGUGGAUUCGGACCACUUCGUGCACAGUUACUUCCCUGCCCGGGAGUAUGCAAUUAUCAUUCCUGGAAUAGCUCUCGUAGCACUUGUAUCCUUUGUGCUUGUUUUUGUUGGAUUCGUCAUGGUGAGAUCCAGCCAGGCGAAGGCAAAGUCUAAGCCAAAGACGAAUUGAUCAGAGGUGGUCACAUGUGGAAUCUCUUCAUCAUUGUGGUCUAAAUUGCGAAAUCUUGUUUCCACUGUACACCCGGAUUACAGGAUUAAAGAAAAUUUAUGUCAAAUCUUUGCUCGAGAAUUUACUAGCACAGAAAUGAUAGGAGGCACCAGCUCUCCAUGGGCAACAUUUUGAAGAGCUUCACAGCAACUGUAACCACUUUGGUAGCCAUCCACGCAAUAAGACGAGAGUGCUAUCCCUAGUGCUUUCUUAUGGUUAGCCUUUGAACGGAGUUAUAGUCUUGAACAGACAGAUACAUUUCACAUUGUUCUCAUCCUUUUCGUGCUGCAAUUUGCGUCCUUAUUCCUGGAUUUAGCAUUUGUACGUCUCAUCUUAGUGAAAGAUGUGCCAUCUGCACAAUUCUGGUGUAUUGCUGCCUAUUCUUCUGGAACCAGCUUCCAACUGCUUUUCACCCUAA